AUGCAAGCUCUACGACAAGAGCCUUCACGCUAUGUCUUCACUGUGCUGUUUGUGUUUCUUCAGAUUGUCAAUCGUGCUGACGGGCUGGGCGAGACAGUGACUUUGGGUAACACCAGAUCAACUCACGUACAAUCAGCUUUUACCGCACCACUUAACGUUGUAGAUCACUCGAUCAGGGUUUGCAGAAAGCCGCUUGCUGAUGGCAAGGUCAAGUGUCGAAGUGUAUCUUUCGGGAGCCUCCGCCUCAAGGCAAAGAGCGAGCCUGUGAGCAACGAGAUCGAUGAGUUGAAUCGCCGCAUCGAAGAAAAGCAGAACCAGCUCAGACGAGAAAGGGAGGAGGCGAGGAAGCGGAAGGAGGAGAGGAGAAUGGCGCAGCUUCAGAACUAUCUCGGCAAGCCGAACUCGGAUGUGCCGACGGGAGGGAAAAGGAUUAUUGCCCCGAAGGAACUUGAAAUUCUAGAUCGAUCGAGGGAGCUCUGGAGUUCACUGCCAUUUGCACUGCGUUCUUCCCUGGAGAUGCAAACUUUGCUGGGACAAGGAUCGUUUGGAAUGGUGCUCAAGGCGAGGGUGUUACGGGAAGCUGAUGGACGUGUCAAUGCACUCCCUGGGAUUUCAGACGAAGACGAAUUUGUGGCAGUCAAGCUGAUGAAGUCGAGGAAGGGCGAGGAGCCGAUUCUCAUGCGAGAAGGUCUUAUCUUGUCCCUGAUCGACAGCCCGCACGUUCCUCGGGCGAGUAUCCCUCUUGGCUUCGUUGGUCAUCUCAUGCAGUAUGUCGAUGGCGUCAGCCUGGACGAGCUGAUCGAGCAGGAAGGAGCUCUUGAGAGCACCGAGGCCAUUCGCGUAGCCCAGGACCUCAUACGGGCCUUGAACUCGAUUCACUCGGCAGGUUUCAUCUACCGUGACUUGAAGCCUCAGAAUGUCAUUCGGAGCGCACAGGGCGGGAAGACAGUCUAUCGCCUCAUCGACUUUGGGUCCGCGACAGGAGCACAAGGCUGUCUCUUUGGUAAAUGGACCAACACCAACGAUGAGUCGGGGGUUUGCACCCUUGAGACGUACGGAGAGGACACAAUGAGAAAGAUCAAGAGUGUCUUCGAAUCCAUGGAUCGUAGGAAGGUCGGAGUCAUCUCCAGCGGUGACGUGGCCCAGUGCUUCCGGGCUGUCGGCGUGCGCCCGUCGGAGGAACAGAUUCUUCGGAUGAUUGCGAAAUAUGACGUGAACGGGGAUCGUCUGAUCUCGCUGGAAGAGUUUUAUGACAUGUUUGGCGAGCUUGUCGCAGAGCAAGACUCAGCGUUUCCGGCCGGCACGUACGCUUACAUGUCGCCCGAGCAGCUUCUGUGCGAUUCAAGCUCUCGGUCUGUCUCUACGGACUUCUACUCCCUCGGCGUUCUCAUGUACAAGGUGCUCACGGGGAAGCUUCCCUAUAGCGUCGACAAGGACCUGACAUGGAAACCUGGGGCUGCGGGAGACUUCAACAAUGAGCGAGGGAUGUGGGAGAAGCUGAUGAGGGGGGCGGCCGGGGCAGAGCCCCCAACUCCUAGCAAGGAGAACCCAAAUGUUCCAGCUCGCCUAUGCCAGGAGCGAUACUCGUGCCUGUCAGACAUGAGCAAGGAACUCAAAGCAAUCGAGUCGGUCACACGAAGUGAAGAGAAGUCUAACGCUUGA